AUGCGUACAAGGAACUGCCUGCUGCUGUUCCUCUGGUUUCUCUGCAACGAAGGCUCGGUCUCCUCAUUCCGCCCACCCACGCCGGCGCUGAGCAGGAGCAGGCCGGGCAAGGAGCGUCCCCGGAGCCUGUUGGGCCCGACGAAGAAUGGGGCGGCUGGGUUUCAGCGCGUCAAGAGGGGCUGGGUGUGGAACCAGUUCUUUGUGCUGGAGGAGUACAUGGGGUCAGACCCGCAGUACGUGGGCAAGCUGCACACUGACCUGGAUAGGGGGGACAAUGCGGUGAAGUACACUCUCUCGGGGGACGGGGCUGGCUCCAUUUUCACCAUUGACCAAACGACGGGGGACAUCCAUGCCUUAAGGAGCCUUGACAGGGAGGAGAAGCCUUACUACACCCUCCGCGCCCAGGCUGUGGACAUCGAGACCAACAGGCCCCUGGAGCCCGAAUCAGAAUUUGUAAUCAAAGUCCAAGACAUCAACGACAAUGAGCCAAAGUUCCUGGAGGGCCCCUACACCGCCAGUGUUCCCGAGAUGUCCCCAGUUGGGACGUAUGUGACGCAGGUGACAGCCACAGAUGCGGACGACCCCACCUACGGGAACAGUGCUAGAGUGGUGUACAGCAUCCUCCACGGCCAGCCAUACUUUUCUGUCGACCCCAAGACAGGAGUCAUAAAGACAGCAUUGCCCAACAUGGACCGGGAGGUGAAGGAACAGUACCAGGUCCUCAUCCAGGCCAAGGAUAUGGGGGGCCAGCUGGGCGGGCUGGCCGGUACCACUACUGUCAACAUCACCCUCAGCGAUGUCAAUGACAACCCGCCCAGGUUCUCCAAAAGCUUCUUUCAUCUGAGAGUUCCUGAGUCUUCGACUGUGGGCUCUGCCGUGGGAAGGAUCAAGGCCCAUGACCUGGACAUCGGCAGAAAUGCAGAAGUGGAGUACAACAUCGUGCCAGGCGAUGGAGGCGCCAUGUUCGACAUUGCCACCAAUGAACACAAUCAAGAAGGGAUCAUCAUUCUCAGAAAGCCCUUGGACUUUGAAACAAAGAAGGCUUACACCUUUAAGGUAGAUGCCACCAACGCCCACCUCGACCCGCGUUUCCAAAGCUUCGGGGCUUUCAAAGACACAGCGACAGUGAAGAUUAACGUCCUGGAUGUGGAUGAGCCACCGGUGUUCAAUAAGCCCUCGUAUGUGAUGGACGUGUACGAGGACACGCCUGUGGGCACCAUCAUUGGUGCUGUGACAGCUCAGGAUCUCGACGCCAGCAGCAGUGCAGUCAGGUAUUCCUUCGACUGGAAGAGCGACUUGGACAACUACUUCGACAUCGACCCGGUGGAAGGAACUAUCUCCACCAACAAGCUCCUCGACAGAGAGAGCAUCGCGCAGCAUAAUAUCUCGAUCGUGGCGACCAAACUCAACAGUCCCGUUUUGACCAGUCGGGUGGCGGUCACCAUCCACGUGUUGGACAUCAACGAGUUCCCUCCUGAGCUGGCCGUCCCCUACGAAACCUUUGUGUGCGAAAAUGCCAAAGUAGGACAGGUGAUUCAAACCUUCAGUGCAAAAGACCAGGACCUACCGACGGCCGGCCAGAAGUUCUCGUUUAAAACCCCGAAGGAAGAUUUGAAAAACAAGAACUUCACCAUCUGGGACUUUGGAAACAACACUGCCGGGAUAGUGACAAAGAGGAGCGGCUUUAGACGGCGUUCCCAGGAAAUCUACUCCCUCCCGGUGGUGAUCGAGGACAAUGGCUACCCCCCCAAGAGCAGCACCGGCACCCUGACCAUCCAUGUGUGCGGCUGCGAGUCAGACGGAUCCCUGCUGACCUGCAGCGCGGAGGCCAUCUUCCUCCCGGUGGGCCUCAGCACCGGCGCCCUGGUCGCCAUCCUCCUCUGCAUCAUCAUUCUGUUAGUUAUCGUGGUCCUCUACGUGGGCCUGAGAAGGCAGAAGAAGAAGGAGACCCUCAUGUCGUCCAAGGAGGACAUCCGGGACAACGUGAUCCACUACGACGACGAGGGCGGCGGGGAGGAAGACACGCACGCCUUCGACAUGGGGACUCUCCGCAACCCCAAGGCCAUCAAAGAGAACCUGUUCCGCAGGGACGUCAAGCCCGACAGCAAGAGAGGCCCCCGGCCCGCCUGCUCCCAGGACAGCGCCGACAUCCGCGACUUCAUCGACCAGCGUCUGAAAGAGCACGACGUGGACAACGCGGCGCCGCCCUACGACUCCCUGGCCACGUACGCCUACGAGGGCGGGGGCUCCGUGGCCGAGUCGCUCAGCUCCAUCGAGUCGCUGGCCGUCGACCUCGAGGAGGACUACGAUUACCUCAACGACUGGGGGCCGCGCUUUAAGACACUGGCAGGGAUAUUCGGGGAACAGUUGGAAAACCAGUCAGACACAAAGACCCCGGAGAACACACAUUGA